AUGGCGAACUCGACCAUUCAGGCACUGUUGGUCAACCUCCCGCGUACGACUCUCUACUGGCUGGACUCGUGGCCGGCAGGUCUCAAGCUCAAUGCCGAGCUGAGCAGGUUCUACGUAACCACCCUCGUCGGCGUCAUCGAUACAUGGGAAUCUCUCCUCCCGCCACUCUCCCCGACUUUCUUCAGAGUUCUUGCUAUGUGCUCUUCUCUUGGUGGACUGACCCUCGCCCUAGCGUUGAUGUCGGACAUCCUCUCUUUGGUGUUGACUGCCCACCUUCGGCUCGCGUACGAGCUGACUCGUACUGUGUACUGGGCUGCUGGUGUUCGGAUGGGGGGUGGGCUACUGUGGGGGAUCUUUCGAGGAAAGAGACACAACGUGCUCCGCAAGCGGACAGAUUCAUGGGCAUACGAUAUUGACCAGUUACUCUUCGGGACCGUGUUAUUCACGCUACUCGCUUUCCUCUUCCCAACGGCUCUUGUUUAUUAUGUCCUGUUUGCGGGGCUCCGUCUGGUGACUCUACUCGUUCAAGCGGUGCUGGAGACACUACUUGCGUUCAUGCAUCAUUUCCCUUUAUUUGCUCUGAUGCUGAGAGUGAAAGACCCCCACAGGUUGCCCGGGGGUGUCUAUUUUAAACUUGUUACACCAUCAAGCACGACGUCCAAGGACAGCACUCUCCGAAAGCCCUACCUAUCUCUGGAGAGCCAACCCCUUUCUCUUUCCGCGAUAUUCUUCCAGUAUAACGAACUGUGGGCACGUCUGGCACGUCAUUACAACCCUUUGCGGCUGUUUUACCGAGUGUUGGCGGGAAAGCAUCUGUCAUCGAUUCCUCCGUAUUCUAUCCGUUAUGUCGCGGACCCCGAAGGAAGCGCGGAAGCCAGGUAG